AUGAUCAAAAUUUUGAUUGAAGAUAAACAAAUAUCAAUUUUGAAUAUAACAUCCGGUAAAAUAUCACCAAACUCAAAACCAAGGUAUCAAUUGAGUGAAAAUUCAAAUAUACCAGCUCAUUUACCUUUUAAUGAAUUUUUAAAAAAGAAAUUUUCCCAUAGUAAUUGUUUAAUUGGAUGUAGUGGAGCUCUAGAUAUGAACAUUCCCAAAUUGAAUGAAUAUAUUGAAAAUGAAAUUUUAGAUAUUGCAUUUAUUGGAGAAAGCUUUCUAGAAAAUCCAGAUUUGAUUGAAUAUAUUGCUUCAAAAUUAAAUUAUUCAACAAAAGAAAAAUAA